AUGAAUAAUAAUUCUGCAAUGAUGAUUCUUCACUGUUCUGGUCCCGACGAUGUCUUGUUGCCAAGAAUCCUAUCCUUUCUUGCAUGGGACGAAUUGAUUGUGCGGAUAAGCCUGGUGAAUCACUCUUGGAAACGGGCCGUCGCCUAUACUCCAGUUUGCUCUUUUCCGAUUUCCAGGGAUUCAACUUCGAAAAUGUUGGUGGAUCAAGUCCAAUUGCGCUCGCUCAUCGAACGGCUUCCUCGUUUGCAAAAGAUUAUUGGGCAUUGGGAGAAUGGUGAUGGCUGCUUACCAGAAAAUUCUUUGCGUCUCAUUGUCCAUGGGUUCAAGGAAUUAAGGUCGUUGGAUAUUUCGGGUGAGGAGCCUAGUAGAACGACGACCAUAUAUCAUCCUCAGCAACAACACGAACCAGAGUUAUUAUCACUCGAGAGCACAUAUGAACCUGCCUUGAUAGAGAGUAUAUGCUCCACUUGGAAUGACUCUUUGUUAGAAUUGGAUAUAUCACACAAUUCAAAAGUGCAAUUGGAUUUGAAACUUUUGGCAAAAUUGGCCAAACUCGAAAUAGUAAAUGCCAGCGGAUGUGGCCGAAUCCAUGGGCGAUUAUCGGACUUGCAAAUCCUUUACGAGUUGCAGGUAUGCGAUUUGCAGAAUUGUCCAUUGGUCGAGGGACAUGUGCGUGAUUUGGCUACAUGUCCCAAGUUGCUCUAUUUGGGCUUGCGUGGAACCAGUGUCCAUGGAAGACUAGUACUAUCAUUUGAUGGUUUGCAACCUGGAGACUUUGAGUCACUCAUUUACAUUGAUUGGAUUCAUGGUGGCAGCAUGAUGGAGCAACAAGAAGCCCAACAAAGUAUUGGAGCCGACGACAUUCCAGGAAACAUAUCUGGCAUCUUUUUGGGAAAGGAAUUGGCGUUGGUGUCCAGUGCACCGAUGGCGGUCCAACGAGUCUUUGACCUGGCACAAAUCCUUCCAUCUUUGCGGUUGGAUCUUUGUUCGUUCCAUCUAUCCAAAGGAUCGCCCGACUACUAUUCCAAACCGAAUCGCUUGAAUGGACUCUAUACCCGGGAGCCCCCCUUUCAAGUGGAAUUGUUCCAUAUUCAAGGCCGAAGGGGAUGGCGGUGGACCAAUGGCACCAAAAAGGGAGUCUGUGAGAUUCAAUGGCUGGAUUCACUGACAGCUUUUGCAACCAAGAAACAAUAUGUCUACUAUCAAUUGGAGGUUCAACUGUUUACGGGAACUGAUGAUUCGAUCUAUCAAGGGUUUUCAGUGCCACCCACCGAGGAGGAACACAACGAUCUCAUGUACAAGAAACUGAUUCAGAAACGACGACGAGCAAGACGACUACAACGAGAAGAGGGGGGCUAA